AUGGACGUUCACUUUGUGGAUCGCGACGGUCGACGACAACCUUUAAACUACGAGUUGUUACAAGAUGUGCUUGCAAAUGCGUGUGAGUCGGACCUGGACAUAUCGGAUGAGAAGACAGAAUCGGCUGUCAAUGUACCUCGGCUACUAGAUGAUGAAGGUGAUAUACCCUCAGAGAUUCCACUAGACAGUUGGACCACUUCACGGUAUCGUGUGAAAAGGCUAUCAAGAUCGUCAUUGGAAGAAGCAGAAAAAGAACUAGAUAGUAUGCUUAACAGAAGCGAAACCGACAUUGAUGAUGAGAGAAAAGGACAAAAUACUACAGUUACAAUAGCGAAUGUUUAUAGCUGCACGCCGGAUAAAUGUCUUGAUUUUGUAACUAAACCAAAUCUUGCGCUAAAAAUAAUUCAUCAAAACAUUCGUAGUAUCAACAAAAAUUUUCAUGAAUUUAUCUCUAUGAUGAGCAUGACUCAGGUGAACAUGAAUAUUUUGGUCUUUACCGAGUGUUGGCUUAAAUCUGCUGUAACAACUCCUCAUCUUGAUGGUUUCGCGUCUUUGGCCACCCGUAAUAAUCCUAUACAAAAUGAUGGAGUCGUUGUUUAUGCAAGGCUAGAUCUUAACUGUAAAAUAUACGAGCCAAUCCUUAGUGAAGCAAAUUGCCUUGUGUGUUACACCAAUGACACGGCUGUUAUAUGUAUUUACCGUUCUCCAUCAUACGCAGACAUCAACAUUUUCUUGAACAGCCUGGAAAACUUGAUAUCCACGUUGAGCUCCUAUAACGAUAUAGUUUUAAUGGGAGAUAUUAACAUUGACGUUAAGGAUGAUAAUCAUGAUAAACGCUCCCAUGAAUACCUAAAUUCUCUAGCCAUGCUAGGUUUUUUACCAGCUCAUAAUAAGCCGACUCGUUUAGAAAACUGUCUCGAUCAUAUUUUGCUGAAAACCAAGCUGGAUGCAUGUGUUAUAAUUCUUGAAACUGCAAUAACUGACCAUGUACCUACUCUUCUGCUACUAUAUAAAAAGCAUAAAUGGAAACAUCAUGCCGCGAAAACCAAAAAAUAUUUAAACUUUGUGGAAAUCAAACGCGAAUUAGAUAAUUACGACUUUGAAGUCGUUUUGAAAGAAUCAGAUCCUAAUAUUGCAACUAAUAUAUUUAUAGAUAUCGUGGGCUGUAUUAUAAAGAAACAUUCCUCAGUUAAAACCAUUUCAAGAAAAUUUCGUACAGUCAAACCCUGGAUGACACCCGGUCUCAUCCGAUGCAUCCGAAAUCGUGAUUCUUUGCACAUAAAGGCUAGAAAGUUGCAGGACAAUAUCACCAUACAAAUUACAUAUAAAAGAUAUCGUAACUUUCUACAAACUUUAUUGAGAAAAGUUAGGUCAGAAUAUGAAAGAUGUGAAUACCUUAAGGCAAAAAACAAUAUCAAAGAAACAUGGAACGUCAUUAAAAAUAUUACGAACACAAAAAAGAUUAAAGAGUCUGCUAAAGAUCUUCUAAGUUGUCACGGUAGCACUAAGGCGACGUUAAAUGCUAUAAACUCACAUUUCGUUCAAGUCGGCAAAAAGUUGGCUUCCAAAAUAUCAUGUGUUCUAAUUUAUGUGUUUCUGAACACUCCACCAUUAUUUGGUAUUUCCUUACUUAUUAGGUGGAAGGUGUUGAAUAUGGGGAAGAAAGAACUGAUUCACCAUUAG